UAUGAACCCCAUUUUACCCUUUUACUCUUCUGUUUACUAGCCGAAGUUUCACCUUCUCUCAAAACCCUUCUACAGCCGCUAAAUUUUUACCGUCCAAAUGAAACUCCUUUCCGGCGACCGGAAGUUUCAAGGCCUAGCCUACUUCCCUCAACACGAAGUCCCCUCUCUUGAUUCUGAGAGCGUACGUCACCCAUUUGCUUCGCCUCUGAUUCAGCCUCCAGAGAAUCCCGAGAUCAUAGCUCACAAGUUGAACAUCACGCCGCAAAAGCUCCGUCCGAUCCGGUGUGGAGGGAGGUAUCCUGCAAGCUCUCUCGGUGACGAGUGUUUCUCGCUGACCCAGCCCCAGGUGGGGUCCAUGGAGGAGAAGCUGGGGUUCUUUGAAGGUGACAUGCGUUCUGGUGACUGUUUUGUGCCCCCUGUGAAAGUGGAAGAACCGAACGUGGGAGAGACUGGUACUUUUUGUGGUGGUGAGUUUGGCCGCCAAUGCUUGGUAGCGGAUAUUCCGGUCCAAGACGGGUCGGGUAUGGGCGUAUUGAAUUAUUCUGCCGCAAACUCUGAGGAAGGUUUAUUGGAGGACGAGUCCAGCUCAUCCACAGACAAUGAUGAUUCUCCUGCAAGCAUCGCAGAAUCCAUGAGCCGUAAGAGGAAGAGAAAAACAAGGGAAAAGAUUGAGAAUUUCUUGGAAAACCUGGUGAUGCAAGUGUUGGAGAAGCAAGAGCAGAUGCAUAAGGAGUUGAUAGAAAUGAUUGAGAGGAGGGAAAGGGAAAGAAUCAUGAGAGAAGAAGCUUGGAGGCAGCAGGAGCUGGAAAGGAUGAAAAGAGAUGAAGAGGCACAAUCCCAGGAGACUUCUCGCAACCUCGCUCUCAUUUCCUUCAUUCAAACCAUCAUAGGCCAGGAAAUUGGAACUCCCCAGCCAUCAACAAUCCCAUGCAUGGAAGGAAAUGGUGUUAAACCUAGUCAAGAGGAUAUCAAAAUUGAUUCGAAUAGCAACAGAAGAUGGCCGGAAGCUGAAGUCCAAGCACUCAUUAAGCUCCGAGCGGAUUUGGAGCAGAAGUUCCGGGCUCUUGGUUCGAGAGGGUGUUACAUAUGGGAUGAGAUCUCUGUGGGGAUGUUUAACGUGGGAUAUAAUAGAACCGCGAAGAAGUGCAAGGAGAAAUGGGAGAAUAUGAACAAGUAUUGCAAGAAAUCAAGUGGGAAGAAGCGGCUAGAGAAUGGCAAGACAUGCCCAUACUUGAAUGAAUUGGAAAUGCUAUAUAAAACUGGACUUGUCAAUCCAGGAAAAGCAGCACCCAACCACAUGGACAAUGACGAUCAGAUGAAGGAUUAAACAAGAGAGGAUUAGUCGGUAGGUUUAUUGGGAUAAUUUAAUAAAAUUGAAUGUUUAUUUGUUCUUGUAUUUUCUUUCUACCAAGAUCAUCAAAUCAAAUAGUUUAUGAAUUCUUUUUUGGUCA